AAGAAUAGAAUUUAAUGUAUUUGUAUUGUUUGAAGUUUUAGUAAUUUUAAAUCAAAUAAAACUUAUUCGAAGCGAGAUCCGAGACAGCUUAAUUAAGAUUUUAGUUCCAGUCAGAUAUUUAAGCAAAAAUAUGCAAACUAUUUCAAUUUUUUUCUUUUUAGUAAUUUCUACCGUGGGAUUGAAUAAAGUCGCGUGUGAAGCGGGAACAAAAAGUUUUCGGGACAUCAUGUGGGAAAUAUUUUUGAAGUACAAGCCGAUGGAAAAUCCCGAUUUGUUCGAAGGAGAUAUUCUUCCGGACGAUUCGGCCGGAGAAAGUCGCACCGUAGUUAUGUCCGAAGCUAGACUUUGGACUGAUGGAAUUGUUCCUUACGCAGUUGAUCCAGCAGCAAAAAUUAACAUGAAAUUGGUGAAUGCAGUAAUGAAGGAAUUUGAAGAGAAAACCUGUAUAAAAUUUGUUCCAAGGAAAAAAGAAAAAAAUUAUAUAUUUAUAUACAAAGGACGAGGGUGUCAUUCUAAAGUUGGGAUGAUGGGAGGACGACAACAACUCAGUCUGGGUACUGGUUGCUUAAAUAAAGGUAUACUCUUUCACGAGCUAUGUCACGCUCUUGGAUUUUAUCACGAACACAAUAGACCCGACAGAGACGAGUAUAUUGAAAUCAUCGAAAGUAAUCUUCUGCCAAAUGCCAAAAGCCAGUUUAAGAAAUAUAAAGCAGAUGGGAUAAGACUGUUGACAAAUUACAGUUAUGACACAGUAAUGCAUUAUGGUUCCACAUCUUUUUCUAAAGAUAGGUCAUCAUUCACAAUGAAACCCAAGAAAGGUCAAAGUGUUUUGAAAGAAGUUCAUGAAAAAUCAUCUUUGACUGAAAAUGAUGUUAAAUACAUCAAAAUUCUAUACAAAUGCGAAUAAAAGUUUAUUUUGAAUCUUAACUGCUUAUGACGACGACAGUGGCAUCUCAAUAAUACGAUCCUUUAUGUAAUUAUACCAAUUAAGCAUAAUAAAUAUAUAUUUAGAGCAUUAAAA